CGUCUUCUUUCUUUUCUUUCUAUCUCUCACGACUCCACCAACCACCUCCAAUAUUUCCACUUAGGACCAGCCAAAGAGGCGAGGACGGUAAUUCAGACUUCUUCUACGCCUGCGUCUCCCAAUGCUUCUUCAUCACCUUACAUCCUCUUGCUCCUCACCUUAGACCCUCCUCAAAACUUAACACCCUUCUUUCCGCCUCCCCAGCAUUCCUCUACUGCAUCUCUUCUGCACAACCCGCCCCCUUCUGCGCUCUUAUACGCCAAAACCUCUAGCUAAUGUACCUGCAUUAGAAGAGUUGGCCGAGCUCGACGAAAGAGAAAGAGAAGAAAACAAGGUUGACCAACACGAUCACUCUACUCUCGAGCGUUUGUGUGGUGUCUGGUGCAAACCUGCCUGCCUGAAUAGACCUUACAAACGGCCUCCACCGCUUGUAACCCAGCUCCCGAUUUCUGCAUCUAGCAAGAAAAAAACGGGCAUUCCCUCGCUUCGUAUCGUCACCGUCCUCGGCGCCUUUUGUGCAACCGGCCUUGCAACCAAAGACAGACCACCUUGUCCCCCCUCUUCUGCCACUGGGACAAACGGACAUCGCCAUCACUCAACCUGCAUUUCCUGCCGAACCUACACUGCCAUCUAGACAACACAUCAAUCACAGUUGUCUACGAACCUGCCAUCAGAUGUCCUAAACACGUACACAAAAAGGUUCUGAUUUUAACGACUGCUUACGACGACCACGACCGUCCUGAUUCGUUCUCUCUCGAAAGGUUCUCGUAUCACACCGACUGUACUAGUUUUCUUCCCGGUAGCACUUUCACUGUCUCGAGCACUCUUGCAAUCUUGAGCGCCGCCUCGACCCUCGCCCAUCGGUCUUGACCACCCCCUCAAUCACGCUGUGAUAGGGCUUAGACGCUUCGAAGGAAACGUUGCCCUCACUCGACAACCGAUUCUUUGCUACUACGGUCACGGGGCUCACUUGCCGACUCGUGCUUUACUCGACUCUGGUGCUUGCUUGGUGCUAGGAACCUUAGGGGCAAACCGUGAAGCUGGAUCUGCCGUCGAUUUCUCAAGUCCAAAACCGGGGACCGACCGACGUGUCGUAUUACAACGCUCACGCCGCUCAGAGGCCAUUUUAUAUGAGCAGCGAUAGGGUUCCUUCUCUGCCAUUGCCAGCUCCGCACCAGGCGUACUCGUCGGGUACCUCGUCCCCUCGGGUCAGUUCCAUCGGCUCUAUUUCGAGCUCUCACAUAGGCUCUAGUUCGUCUUUCACGUCGGCCGCAUCCUCAAACGGCCCCAAAACGCCUUCUCCUACCCUGCCCAUCAACUCGGCAAUUCCUGGACCAUCCAGCCAAACCGUCGGCGGAUACGAACAUUACUCCGCCAUGAAUCAACCUGCAGCAGACAUGUACUAUUCGCAACAUAUGUCUGCCGGUCAGGCGCCGCCGCCCCAGACUGUCACCUCCGGCAACAUGUCUUAUCACCAACCCCCGCCGUUACAGCCAAGCCACUUGCCUCAAUACGCCCAGCAGACCCAGUACGCCCAGCCGUACGGGUACACCAAUGGCCUGACAUCGCCUCAGAACGCUCCUCCCGCUGUAAACAACGGAAUGGGUGGCCAGAACGUCCUUCCUCUGCCUGGUGUUUCUAACCAGGGCUUUCAGGGCUUUGACACGACCGGCCAAGUAGCCCCGCCUGGCAUGAAGCCCAGAGUGACGGCUACCCUAUGGGAGGAUGAGGGAAGCUUGUGCUUUCAGGUAGAGGCCAGAGGAAUCUGCGUCGCGCGCAGAGAGGACAAUCACAUGAUCAAUGGCACAAAACUGUUGAACGUUGCGGGAAUGACCCGUGGUCGCCGCGAUGGCAUUCUCAAGAGCGAGAAAGUGAGACAUGUCGUCAAGAUUGGCCCCAUGCACUUGAAGGGUGUUUGGAUCCCAUUCGAGCGGGCUUUGGACUUCGCCAACAAGGAGAAGAUCACCGAGCUACUCUAUCCCCUCUUCGUUCAUAACAUUGGUGCCUUGUUGUACCACCCUACGAACCAAACCCGUACCAAUCAAGUCAUGGCUGCUGCUGAACGUCGCAAACAAGAACAGAGCCAGAUGCGUGGUGCUCCCCAAACAGGAGGGCCUGGUCUGCCGUCGAUUCAGCAGCAUCAUCACCACUCUAUGGGCCUGCCAGGACCCCAGCAGUCCCUGCCAUCCCAUGCCAACAUUGGCCGUCCCACUCUGGACCGGGCACACACAUUCCCUACACCCCCCACCAGUGCCUCCAGCGUGAUGGGUGGCAGUAUGGGCGCUUCAGACAACGGCUUCCAAUGGGCCCAGCCUCAGGGCAUGACCAACGCCCAGGCUCAAAACCCCAUGUCUAUUGAUACGGGCUUGAGCAACGCUCGAUCCAUGCCCGCAACACCUGCUUCGACACCGCCGGGCUCGACUAUCCAGAACAUGCAGCCCUACCAGCAGUCUGGCACCCAACAAUAUGACAACUCGCGGCCUAUGUACAACCAAUCUGCUCAGCAGUCCCCCUACCAGACCACCAACCAGACCUCGCAAGACCGCUCUGUCUACGGGCAGAACGAUCCGUAUGCCAAAAACGACAUGGGUCCUCCGUCAGCACGGCCUGCGACCUCUGGUGCCCCUCAAGACCAAAAGCCCCCGAACGGCAUGAUGCACUCUGAUCAGAGUGCUUCCCAGCCCGCUGGCGAGGAAGAGGCAGAGCAUGAUCACGAUGCCGAGUAUACUCAUGACAGUGGCGCCUACGACGCCAAUCGCGGUUCCUACAACUACUCUGCCCCUGCCGUUGGAACGCUUCCUGCUGAGCAUCAACAUUUGUCUCCCGAGAUGACUGGUUCGCCUGGACACCCGCCCGCAUCUGGUCGUGCCACUCCCCGCACCGCCGCUGCACCCCAGCCCUACUAUUCUCAGCAGGCUGGCUACAGCACUCCCCCGCGCGUCGCCCAACAGUCGUCAAGCAACCUGUACAACGUCAUGAGCAACGACCGCAACUCGGCUGCUGCAGGUGGUAGUGACGUCUACCAACCCCAAGCGGAUAUGGGCUCCAUGUCAAAUAGCUAUCCGUCCCAGCUUAAUGGCUCCGCCAGUGGCAUCAAGCGCAGCCGCGACGAUGACGACGACCUUCAGCGUCCGCUCAGCGGCGGUGGCAUGGAUCUCAAGCGCAGGAAGACUUUGAUCAACGCGGCCGUUCCUGCUUACGACACCAUGGCUCGAGCUCCUCCUGUGAUGGCUCAACAACCCCAGCGAAGGUAACGGCGACGUCUCUGGGCGACAGUAACCCCAAACUCCGACCUUCCGUCAGUCCCUCCCUGAUGGCGUUGGGGCUGCAAUCGGUACGAGGCACGAUCAGUCACGAGAAUCUGAUUUGAUGAUCUUCAAGCUUCAACAAACGAAGCUUCUCGGCACUCCUUGCACACCAUUUUUUUUCUUUUUUUUCUUUGUAUUUGCAAGACGACUUAUCGGCAUCGACGAUCCUCGGGAGACGACGCUGACGAGUUGACGACUUCCUCAUUCCCUGUUUUUUUAAACGUCCAUCAUGGCUGUAGAUGCUGAUGAAUUACGCCUUGCAUGGAGGACUUAAUCCUAAAGACUCGACCAUUCUUCUUUUUCCGGACCUCUUCUGGGCAACAUACACGAAAGAGCAUGGUGGGGUUGGAUACACGGCUUGCUGACCCGUUACGACACUCGGGCAAAGCAGCAUGCAAACACCACCUCGGAGGACCGAACAUCAACAUUAACAACAUUUUCCUUUGCCUCAGUUUCGAAUACAGCGGGGGAUCAUCUGACACGAGUGUGUGUGUGUGCCAGGGAUGGGGGAUUAAGAUGAUGACCUUAUGACGACUCUUGUUCCUUUCACAAAAGGGUGAGACGCGUGUUGGAGACUGUCUCUUUAGGUAACGACUUGAUGAACGGAAUAAAAAAAGCUUUCGCUGCUUCAGAAC